UUAUUCUUUAGUAGCAACCCUCAAUAUUCAUCGUUUUAUCAUAUGCCAGAAGAAAAGUGAAUUCGCCGCUCUUAAUUCAGGUGAACAAACUGCAAAUUUAAAGGAAAAAUGAAGAUAUUAUUUAUCCUGUUAAUACAAGGAUUCCUUAUUUCACUCGCUUUUGCAGGAGAAACUAAAGACGGAAUAAAACUCUUUACUCAGCCAAAAUUUUGCUCCUUAUCCCAUGAGAUGACAAGACUGACUUGGAAAUGUCUGGAUGUUCUUCUCACUGAAAAACAGAAGGAACGAUUGGCGAAAUUUAUUAAAUGUGUUGAAGAACCAUCAAUUGUCGAAUUUAUUAAAUCAGUUUGUGCUAUCAAUAAAGGCGAGUAUGAAGCAUUCGUUCCAAUUUUUGAUAAAUGUUCUCGUCGUUACUUGACGGUUAAUGAUCCGUUUAAGAGUUUUACAAGACACGAUGUGGGGGGAUGCAUAAGAGAAGCUAGAGAAAGUCUUGGCCCUGAUGUUAAUGGAAGAAGUGGGCUGAUGGUGCUGAUACAGCUUCUGCUAGAGAUGUUUGUAUCGAAUGCAAUUUAAAUCUCUACAUAAGAAAACACUAUUAGAUAAAAAUAUAGUUAG